GUGUAUUUAACAAUGUAUAGGUUUACUUUGAAUGGAUAAUGAAAAAUCCGUUUAAUCUUUUCUAUUUACCUUUAUAUUUACUUUUAUAAGAAGAUGAAUAUUUCCAGUUGGUAACUAGUCAAAGAAUAGAAUAUAGUGUCAAUGUUAUUGUAAUCUAAACAUUCUAAUAUGGAUUAUAAAAUGUUACAAUGGAGAAUAAUAAACCUUCAAACUUGAAUCUAAUUAAACUGUAAUGAUUAUGAUAAAAAUGAAAAUAAAAAUAUAAACGUAAUGCAAUCAUUUGAUCAUCAAAAUCAAAAAAUCAAAAUGAUUUAUAGAAAUCUUGGCAGCACUGGACUUCGGGUAUCUGUACUUAGUUUGGGUACAGAUGUGACUUUCGGUAAUCAGAUACCGGAUGAAAUAGCUGAUAAGAUAGUUACAAUAGCUUACACUAAUGGAAUUAACGUUUUUGAGACUGGAGAAGCUUAUUCAAAUGGAGAGGCUGAAAGAACAUUAGGUAGAAUAUUGAGUACUAAAAAUUGGCGAAGAUCCAGUUAUAUAGUAUGCUGUAGAUUGUCAAAAAGUGGGGAUGCUGAAACUGAACAAGGUCUUUCAAGAAAGCAUCUUUUCGAAGGUCUUCGGUCAUCAUUAGAAAGACUUCAAUUAGAAUACGUAGAUAUUAUGAUUGUUACACGUCCAAAAGAAUCAUCGAUUCCAGUUGAAGAAGUUGUAAGAACUUGUACACAUCUUAUUCAUCUUGGCUGGACAUUUUAUUGGGGUACAUCUGGAUGGUUACCUUGUGAAGUUAUGCAAGCUCAAACAGUUGCCAGACAAUUCAAUUUAAUUCCACCAUCUGUAGAUCAAAAUGAAUUGAAUUUACUGAAUAAAAGUUAUUUACAAAAUAUGCGUGAAAUUUGUUUAAAACUAAAUAUUGGUAUUAUGACAGGAUCACCAUUAAAUGGUGGCAUUUUAACUGGUAAAUACAUUGACUGUAUACCGAAUUUCUCACGAGCCACAUUAAAAAAUCAAGAAGAUAUACGUGAUAAACUUCUUUGUUCAAAAGGUCUAAGUCAAAGGGAACAAGUUAAACAAUUAUGUAAAAUAGCAGGUAGAAUUAAAUGUACUUGUGCACAAUUAGCUAUUGGUAAGUUGUAACGUGCCUUUCCACCAUACAGAUACAUAUGUAGAUAUAUACUGUGGAUUGUAGGAGUGAAAUCAUUUACUGAUUAUUUUUAAUGUUAUCUUACUCAAAUCAAUAAUUUGACCAGAUUCUAUUGACUAUAAGUGUUGAUAGAUACAUACAAAGAUUGUAUUAUUUUUGAUAGAAUAGAUGGUAUUUAUUUAAAAAGAGAAACGAUAAAGAGAAAAAUGUUAGUUUCAAUGAAGGUUUAGGUUGUGUAGCGUUUUAAUUGCAAAUUCUAUGUUUCUUGUUGUUUACUGAAAAGCUUUGAGCUUAUAGAGAUAUGCUGCAUCAAACAAUGUUAUCACAAUCUUUCCUUCAUAACUUUACAAUACAAAUAGUCAUUUAAUUUUUUACAAUUUACAUUGGGUACAAUACAAUGUCAUAGUAGUGUCUCAACAAUGUUAUGAUUUUAUAGAUACCCUAGUAAGAAUUAACUUUUUCUUUUGUUCAGUUAAAAAUCCGACUGAUAUUUUAAAUCUACUCACUAGUGACUAGCUUCGUGAGGGAAUUUUCGAAGUUCUAGUGAGAAGUCGUGACUAAUGGUGCUAAUCCGUGUCUGCUAGAGACAGGUAUCUAUGUCAGACAAUCGAAGAUGGUCGCGGAAUAUCAUGGGUUGGUUAAAUUUAGAAAUUAACACUGUCGUAUACCGGCUCAGUGUUCUAAAGGUUAAGCGUUUGCACAGGAGACUGAAGGUCCUGGAUCCAAAUCCCGUGCGAUGAAUCGUGGUUGUGCACUAUUGAGGAGUCCCACAAUAGGACGAAACAGCCGUCCAGUAAUUCCAGGUUUUCAAUGAUGGUCUCACUUUGAUCGAUCAAAAACUUAACAAACUCUGUAACCGCAUACUGGUUAUAUUUAAAAAUUUGAUAAUGGUACACUUGAUUGAUAAUAAAGUGUGUGAAUUAUCCAAGUCAGUUAUCCUAUUGAAAUAAUACCUUUUAACUGGUACAAUUGAUAAAUACAUAGCUUAGCAUUUCAUUAAAACAACAUAUUUUAAAUGUGUUCAUGAGCAGUUUCAGUUAAAUUUGACUGUAUUCUAUAAAAUAAGUUGAUUCUAUUCGUUUUUCUCCGUCCUAUUUUAAACGUGUACGGAAAUCACAUGUUCAAAACUAUCUUUCUAAACUUUCACUAUAUUAAGCCUUUAAAAUUUAAAACACUUAAUGCUUAUUUCACUCGAUUUACUUCUUUUCUUUGCGUGUGAAUCAACUUUUUAGCCUGGUGUCUUCGCUGUUCCCAU